AUGGCACGCAUCGCCAUCCCCAGCAGAGCCGCCGCCGCAGCGCCGUUCCAGUCCAGAGAUGCGCUGGUCCGCUGGCUCGAGGCGUCCACGGAGAGAGCCGAUGGCAAGCAACCCAUCGGAGACCCGGGCUGGUCCAACAAGGACCUGGAGCCGACACCACCCAUGGACGUGGUUCAACCUGCCCAUGUACUGGUUCUCCACCAUGUUUGGCAUCACAGGCUGGAACGUCGCCGCCCAGGCCUGAUCGCCACCGGCCUGACGUGGCAGCAGGCCUUCAUCUCGUGCAUCGUUGGCGCCCUGCUCGCCUCGUGCGCCGUCGUCGCCAUAGCCCGCCCGGGCGCAAUGUACCACAUCGGCUACCCGGUGCUCGCCCGCUCCGUCAUCGGCAUGUACGACGCCUACUUCUUCGUCUUCAUUCGGGCCGUCGUCUGCAUCAUCUGGUACGGCAUCCAGACCUACUACGGCGGCAACCUGCUCAGCGUCUGCUUCCGCUGCAUCUUUGGCGACGCCUAG